GUGACUCCGUGUACAAACAGUUCAACGUGGACGUCUGCUCCGACAAUUUUAUUUUUAUCACUGUGUUCUGUUUAAGUGUUUAGUCUACUGAUUUUAAAAUAAGUAAGAUCGCAAAGCUAGCUGUUGUCAUUUCCACAGUGUGUUAAUUGUUGUUGAGGCUCAAAUCAGCUGACAUUGUAAUUCGAGAUUUUGAGAAUGACUUCUGCUGCACUCAUUCGCCAACUGGUCAUCGACGCUAUAUGCCUUGCUAUUGUUUGGCUGCCGGUUCUACUUUUGGAUCUGAUCGGGAAGCCUUUCGAGCGAGGAUUCUAUUGCGAUGACACCUCUAUUCGAUAUCCCUACAAAGACUCGACGGUCACCAGCGCUGUGCUCUACAGUUACAGCCUCGGCCUACCCAUUGCAAUGAUGAUUACUGUGGAGAUUUUUCGCUGGAAACACAACUUGAAAUCGGAAAAUGUAAGUCGCCAGAAUAUAUGUUCUACGAUCAACAUUUCGUCAUCAAUCCGCAUCCCUUCUGUGAUCGCUGAGAUCAUCCAUCUGGUCGUUAUUUUCCUCUUCGGUGCGGCUUGUUCACAGGUGGCCACAGAUUUUGGCAAAUACACCGUCGGUCGUCUCCGUCCUCACUUUAUUGACAUGUGUAAACCUGAAAAUUUAUCCGAGUUGUGUCCGCUUGGUGGACCACCCGUUUACAUCACCGAUUUCAAAUGUACUGGUACGAACGAGCAAAGAAUUAAGGAUUCUAGAUUGUCUUUCCCAUCUGGUCACGCUUCCUUUUCGGCCUACGCAAUGCUGUUUCUAGCUCUUUAUCUCCAGCGAAGGAUGAAUUGGACUGGCUCCAAGUUAUUUCGUGCAACUAUCCAAAUCACAGCACUGAUGCUUACGUGGUAUACAGGACUUUCACGAAUUACUGACUACAAACACCACUGGAGUGAUGUGUUAGCGGGGUUCUUCAUUGGAUUCACCGCUGCAUCGUUAACGGCGCUGUACGUAUCCAGUCUAUUUAGGCCAUCCUCUAAUAGCAAUAUUACUCUGCCCGCCCUGCUGCCUGAUAGUAAAAUCGAUCGUGAACGACGAAUUCCCCAUUAAGAGGUAGGCCUACUAGGGAACCAGCAUUGAUUACCGCGCUACCUACACCAGAAUUUAAAAAGGAAAAACCUGUCUCGAGACUUUAUCAUAACUGACCCAGUUUACUAAGAAUGAAUCGUUAAUCAAGUAGCAUAUGAACCGUAUGAGUAAUUGAGUAUGUGUCGUAUAAAUUUUUUAAAAGAAAAUCUAGUUAGAAAUAAUCCAAAUAUUUUAGUUAGUCUUGAAGACCUACUUGUUUUGAGCCUACUUUAUAUUAAGUACUACACUACUAAUUUGUUUUGAAUAAAAAAAAACUUCAAACGAAGUUUAGAAACUAUAUGACCUGAGGAAGUACGUAAAAAUCAGUUAUUUUACAAUACAAAAUUAGUAAAUUGCAAAGUUUAUUUUUUCCAAGUGGUCAAGAUUUUAUGUCCUUCCGCUUACUUCCGGUAUAGUUUCGGACUUUCGGCACAAAAUAAAAAAACGGUUAAGAAUUUUGACAUCGUUGAUGACAAUAAAUUUUAAACAAGGCGAUUUAAUUUAUUUUAUUUGGCAGGUUCUCUCUCGAGUCUCGACUAAGGUACAGGGACAUUUGUAUUGUUUAGUGUUCAUAAAGUAGUGAUGUACUAUUUAUUACCUUCCAUUCCCAAUGCUUUCCACUUCCCGAUAGAAAACAUGCACUUCCAUGAGAAACAGGAAGAGGAAGAACUGUAUUUGCUACAUUUUGGUCUUGCCUAAAUGUGUAAUUAAAAAAAAAACAAGCCUUUGUCCUUUGGCUGCUAAACAUGAAUGCUCAUUUAAAAAUUAGGGUAUUAAAAAACUGAUUAAUUGAUUGGAUGAACCAUCUAAUUUGACAAAGUGAUUUACAGUGGCUUUACACGAAACUGGGGAGAGGAAUAGACACAUAUCGUAUAGAUAAUUUAGUUUCUUUUUCUUUCAAAUAGUUUGGUUUCAUGUCCACUAGAUGACGCGAGGGUCUUCGUUAAAUAAGACAGAGACAGACACAGACAACAGUCGUCCAUUUUCAUUUCGACUUCCGAGUUUCUCACUGAGAGGAAAUGUAUCGUUGCUCAUUGCGGUUUACUUUUUGUUUUCCUUUUUCGUAAAAAAAUGGCAAUUCCUGCUUAGAUUCAUUAAGGUUACUGAGUGUAAAUAUUUUAUGUGUUAAUUUACAGGUAAUAUAGACUGAAUUUCUACUUGGCAAUUUGAUCAUCUCAUCAUGUGGCCUUAACUGCUGGUCAUUUUCGAAGUAGGCAGAUGAUUUUGCCAAAAUGUCGCCUCAUGCAACCUGUUCCGGCUGUACGUUUCGUCACAUGGAGAACAACCAACCAGGUUAAGUCUGGGCUUUCUUCAUUGUUGUCCAAAUUUGCUUCGUCACAUGGAGAAAAAAAAAGAAAAUAAGCACCUUUUAAAAUAUGCUGGAACUUCAGCCAUCCAAUUGUUUAAGCUGUGUGGAAUUCUCAUUUUCCUUUGCUGAGAACUUCAACAACAUGUACACCAAUUGAAGGCCAGUAAGGUUUAUCGCUUAUGUUCGCGUAGUUGCUGUCCGAUGUGGCACGUUGUUGCUGCCUAUUCCUUAUUAGAAAGAUCUUUCUGCAUCAAGUUCAACUGGCCGUUCCUUCGUGCUGGUGUCGUGUUACCGAGAUUGCAUCAUUAUUUUGUUAAAUUGUCAUCGUGUCUUUGCUGUUUACCGUUUAUAAGUUAAGAAGCAACAAAAAGAAAUAUGGGGAUGUUUGUGUCAACAAAUAAUAAACAUGUUUUCGGGGUUGGGAAAGGAAAGUGGAGGAUGUUGGAGGGGGAGAGGAAAUUUCAAGUUUGGAUAAAAAACAGUUAAUUUAUAACCCUAUAAACAUAUCCCUACCAAUUAAUCUCCAAACCCCACAAACUUAUACCUUCCAAUUCUUCAGACCCUACAAACAUACACCUACCAAUCCUCAAAUUGAUACCCUAAACCAUAUAAACCAAUAUUAAACCCUAUGUAUGUAUUAUGUAAUAAAUAAAAAAUGUAAUGCGUUAAA